UUCGGGUCAGUCGUUCACGUUCACUGCCGCGACCCGUUCAAAAAGACCCGUUCAAUUGAACGGUUAAUUUUCUAUAGCUUUCCUAUAAACAAGCAAAAAAAAAAAAAAAAAAAGGGUUCACCACAGUUGAUGUGUAAAGACAGUAAAAACAGGGGUUUACCUCAGUUGAUGAACGGGUCAAAUGAACGGGUUUUUUGAAUAAAUGUGAUCCGGAUCACUCGUUCACCUUAAUGACCCGUUCAAUUCGAACGGGUCAUGACCGAACGACACAUCUCUAAUUCCCAUUAAUUUCUAACUACGAAGAAGAAGAAAGAUUUUAACCUCUCUGAGCUGUGUAGAAAAGUUAGAAUAGUUUUUGAUUCUUUUUAAGAAUAAUAAUAAAUAAUUUAUCAUCUUGGGUAUUAGCAUAAAUCAAAAAUGACUAAAAAGAAGUUACUGAAAAGAAAAUUGAAGGAGAAAGAAAAUAAACCAACUGCUUCAGAUGAGAAGCCAUUGCCUUUAACCAGAUUCUCUGAUGAGCCUGAAGAAAAAAAAGUAAUCGAAAUGGGUCAAUAAAACAAGAGUAUUAGUGUUCUCUGCUCGAGGAAUUUCUUACAGGGAUCGGCACCUGAUGAAUGACCUGCGUAAAAUGAUGCCACAUUCAAGAGAAGAAAAUAAAAUAGAAAAGAGAGACAAUUGGACAAUAAUAAAUGAGAUGUGUGAGAUGAAAAACUGUGAUAAAUGCAUAUUGUUAGAGGGUAGGAGGAAGAGGGACCUAUAUAUGUGGAUUGCAAAUGUUCCCAUUGGUCCUUGCGCUAAUUUUCUAGUUGAAAGUGUUUAUACAAUGGGCGACCUGAAACUGACAGGAAAUUGUUUGAAAGGUUCCAGACCACUUCUUUCAUUUGAUGGGAAUUUCUCAAGUCCUCAUUAUGCUCUUUUGAAAGAGCUGUUUACACAGGUUUUUAGUGUUCCCAACCAUCAUCCCAAGAGCCAGCCGUUUUUCGAUCACGUUCUCACAUUCUCUAUACAUGACAAUCGUAUAUGGGUGCGCAACUUCCAGAUUCUAACAGAAAGUGGUGCUCUGGCUGAAAUUGGGCCGAGAUUCGUUUUGAACCCAAUCAAGAUCUUUGAAGGGAGCUUCUGUGGAGCAACGCUUUGGGAGAACCCUCUCUAUGUAACUCCGGCAUCGUUUCGGAGGCAGUUGAAAUUAGCGGCAGCUGGAAAGUAUUUGAACAGGAAACAACAGAAAGAACAGUAUGAUUUGAAUAAACCGGAAAAAUCGUAUGAGUCCCGAACCGAGGACGAGAUCUUCGGCAACGAUGCCAAACUUGUGGCCGAGAAGAUUCUGGAGGAGUCGGCAAAGAACGAUGAAGAGAACAACACCGAGGAAAAGUGGAAGCCAGGAAAGCUUUUCAAACAUAAUUCCAAAAAGUCAAGCACUCCGAAGCUGAAAGUCAAUAAGCUGAAAAGGAAAAAGCAAGGUGGUAAAACUUCUAAGAAUAAGAAACCCAAGAAAACGAAAGUUGCAAAGAAGAACAAAAAAUGAAUAAGG